AUAUUGAGAUUAUGGCCAUAAUUAAAAGCAAUGGUUCUGCUUGAAGCUCUCCACUCUCCAGACUGUUUAGUGAGUACAAAAGAGAGGAUUUUGAGAGAAGAUGCUGCAACUAUGAACAUAGACAUAAGUAGGCCCCAAUGACCAACAAAUGGGACCUUUUUCUUCACAGGAAAAAGGCCACACAAGGCAUGGGAUCAAUUCAAAAUUCAAGAAAACACCAAAAAGCAAACAAACCCCAUCUCUCUCACUCCCACACCCAAACAAAACAAAAACAAAAGAAAAUGAAGUGAGAGUCCCCCAAAUUGGAAAAACAAAAAAUAAACAAAACAAAAAAUAUGAUGAAGAGCCUUCAAUUACACUCCACUCACAAUACCAUCUUUGCUCUCAGGGCUGUUCACAAGAGAAAUACCAACCAGGCUCAACCUUUGAGGGAAACCUCAACUCUUUUCUCUCAUCAGUUGUUAGCUCAUCCUCUCAAGUCUCUUAUAACGGCUUUGCAGUUGGCAAUGGAAGCUCAACACCACAGGAAGGUACCAUUUACGGUUUAUUCCAGUGCAGGGGUGAUUUGAGAACUAUUGAUUGCUCUAAGUGCAUCGAAAGCGCGGUGAACCAAAUAAGUUUGGUUUGUCCCUACUCUUAUGGAGCUUCUUUACAGCUUGAAGGUUGCUAUGUAAGAUAUGAGCAUAUGGAUUUUUUGGGGAAAAUUGAUACGAGUCUAAGAUACAAGAAGUGCAGUAAAAGUGUGAGCAAUGAUGUUGAGUUCUUUAGGCGUAGAGAUGAUGUUCUUGCUGAUAUGGAAUCGGCUACUGGUUUUAGAGUUGGUAGUUCUGGUUUAGUUGGAGGUUUUGCACAGUGUUUAGGUGACCUGAGCCCCACGGAUUGCACUUCUUGCCUUGCUGACGCGGUGGGAAAGUUGAAGAGUCUAUGUGGUUCUGCAGCAGCAGCUGAUGUGUUCUUGGCACAGUGUUAUGCUCAGUAUUGGGCAUCUGGUUACUAUGAUUUAUCUUCAGAUUCCUCUAGCGAAGACCAAGCGGGAAAAACAGUAGCAAUUAUUGUUGGUGUACUAGCAGGGCUUGCUGUUAUGAUCGUUCUUCUCUCCUUCUGUCGAAAAGCAAUGGGUUAAGGAGACAGAGAAGUGGGGUCUGAGCUUAUUUCUUUCAAAACAUGGAGGGUAAUCAUUGUGAAAGAUUAUGUGUGUCCCAGUUUAAUAUUUGUUGUGACGGCUUUCUUUCUUCUACCAAUUUUCUACUUUUUUUAAUAUAUGUGUUUCCACCCCCCCCCCCCCCACACAAAAGAAUGUGAGUGUUAUCCUUUGGUAUAAAGUAGAACUCUAAAAUCUCACUCAACUUGAAAAGGAUUGCUGAUUCUCUUCUCUUCAUGCUAUCCAACAAAAACCCAUUACUCGUUUUUCUCAAUAGUUUAUUUUCAGACUGCUA